AAUGGACCUACUAUCCCGGAAGCAUUUCAUAUGAUGGUCCUCAAGGAACCUCCGCUCUGCCCGCACAUCAUUGAGCUGUACGAGUACGCCAUGGAGGGAAGGAAUAACUACCUGGUCAUGGAGUACGCAUCCUCGUACAUAACCUUGGAUAAAUUCAUCAGGAAGAACAAUGGCCUCCUGAGUGAGAGUGUUGCGCGGCAGCUGAUCAUGCAGCUCAUUAUCGCAACACAGCGCUGCCUUGAGCAUGGCAUAGAACAUGAGUCCAUACAUAAAGAAAACAUCCUGGUCAAUCCAAAGACCCUGCAGCUCAAGCUGAUUGAUUUUGGCAACAGUUAUUAUACUGAAAAAGGGCACUGGAGAUCCCCCUAUCUUGGAGUAACGAGAUACCGUCUACAGGAGGGGGAACCCUACAGAUCCAUUCGUUUUGCUGUUGAUUCACAUGUCAUGGCUGUUUUACUAAUGCUGUCCUAUAUGGUCAAUGGAUAUUUCCCUUACUCCAGAUAUAAACGUCCACGAUUUCACCCCAGAUUGUCAGCAGAAUGCAAGGAUCUUCUUCGGUGGAUAAUCAGUUACCACCCUCGAACAGGACCUGUUUUAGAGGAGAUUAUAGAGCACAAGUGGUUCAGCAUGACGUAGAGCCCAUCAGCAGCAGGAAACAGGUUUCAUACUUCCAUUUACGUCAGAUUGUUUUGCUGUUUUCCGCUUCUGCUUCCCAAAUUCUGCACUUCCUCCUGCGAGUGUUGCAGUCAGAGCUGCAUGUAAAUGAGGGCCGGUUGAAGCGUCCCUAUUGGUCCACCAGCUCUAGACCGACAGCUCCUCCUUUAGCCAAUCAGGCGAGGAAGGAAGCUGAUGUCAGUCUAAUGGCGACCGAUGCGCACAGGCGACGCCGGAGAUUGAGUGUUAGCCGCUAAUCCUCAGCUGGGGUAGAAUGUGUCUGCGGCAGGACAGCAUUAAUCGUUUGAAAUAAGUAAAGGAAAGCAGGUUCAUUCACGUUUAGACAGGACGUAGUGUUUUAUAUGAACUGGGUUAGCACCGACUGUAGAGUAAAUAGUCAUAUUAAGGGAAAUAGUCACAGAUUAAUAAAUGAAACUGCUGGAAAGGGGGAUUUAUUAGCAUACUGGUGUGGUUUAUUUCUCUAGCUGUCGGAUUAAUAUUAAACGGUAAAGUCUGUGUAUUAUUACUGUAGUGCGUCAAUACUUUAUAAAGACAGGAAGCCUGGUUUAGACAGUGCUCGUAGCUCUAACGGGACUUUAGGCAGGUUUAAGUGAGAUAAGCGCAUAUAACAGGGGCGUCGUGGGCCGGUUUUGAAGGCGUUUUCUCUUUAACAGAUAGGAUAGGGUGGUGUAGAUGGCGCUGACGGGGCAGGAUUAUAUGGGCCGAUACGCUAGAUAUAAGAGCCUCCUGCCACAGACAGAUUUUAGCCCAGCUGUGGAUUUGUCAGAUCUGAUGAGGAUUAUUUCUAGUGCUGCUGCUCUCAUCUUUCUGCUUUCUUCUUCUUUCACUUGUUCUCCAAGCGAGCGCUGGAUUUCUGCAGAUUAGCUUUAACAUAAACCAGCAGCUCAAAUAGUUUAAUUUUAACCGCAGGGUUUGGUAAAUAACAGCAUUUUAGUCAAGACUGGGGGAUUUAGAUAGUGUUUAUGGACACAAGUGUAGUUUAGAGUUGGACUUUGUAAUAGAUUUAUUGAUAUUAUUAAGCUCAUUGAUAAUGUUGUGGAAAUCCUGUGCUCGUUUGUAGAAAUUCAUUGGUCCUCAUUGAUGAAACAUUUGUAAAUAUCGGAGUAAGUUAGUGAUAGAUAAAGGGUGGAUAGAUAAUCGGGUUCGUUAAUGAAUUAUCAUCAGUCAGGGUUAGGGUUUAGGGUUAGACAUAUAGAAAAUAGAGGAAUAAUUAUCUUUCAUUAAUGAGGCCAAAUCUCAGCUCUUUCUUUCUUUUUCUGCUUUUUCUGCUUUCCCAGUUCCUCUAAACAUUUUGUUUUGGGAUUAGAGUGUUUGUUUGGGUUAGGCCUUUAUUUUGAAGGGUAAGGGUGUUUGUUAGGGUUAGGGUUGGGUUAGGCCUUUAUUUUGAAGGGUAAGGGUGUUUGUUAGGGUUAGGGUAAGGGUUGGGUUAGGCCUUUAUUUUGAAGGAAGGGUUAGGGCUGGGGUGUUUGUUAGGGUACGGUUGGGUCAGGUUAGGGUUUGGUUAGGAUUAGGUUUGGGUUAGGCUUUUGUUUUUAGGGUUAGUUAUUCAUUGUUUUGCUUUAUGUCUGGUUUCUUUAGUUUCUCCUGUCUGUCCUCUUCUCCAUCUCUGUUGUGUGAGCACUGCACAGAUUGUUAUUUAAGAGCGAUUGUUAAUUAUUAUACACUUCUCUGUCCUCGCCUGUGGGGAUUGGUCGCCAUUAGAGUGACGUCAGCUUCCCUCCUCGCCUGAUUGGCUGGAGGAGGAGCUGUUAAUCUAGAGCUAAUGGACCAAUGGGGAUGCUUCAGCUGGCCCUCAUUUGCAUGCAGCUCUGACUGCGACACUCGCUGGAGGAAGUGCACGAUGUGGGAAGCAGAAGCGGAAAACAGCAUCAUGUCAGAAAACAAUGGAAGUAUGAACUCCUGAUGAUGUUAUUUCGUCACUGACCACAUGUGUGCUGCUCUUUCUAUGAUUUCUGUGAAAUUGAGACUAUGACCCCUAUGGAGUGUGUUGAAGCUGUUUUCUGUUGAUCAAACUGUAAACUAUUGUCUUCAAUAAACUGUCUCUCUGACUCCUGCUCUUUGUUCAUCACACCACAGACCUAAGCUUUUCUCUCAUCAUGUGCUGCAGAUGAUGUGACAAUAAAAGUGAUUUGAUUUGACACAAAACG